CGAAGCAGAAAACGAAGAAGAAGACUAGCCAAGAAAUUAGCCCGGAAGCGGCGGCGCAGCGGUGAAAGAGGAAGUGUAAAAUGGAGGCAGCCGUUUUCAUCUUAUCACUCGUCGACUGCUGCGCUUUAAUAUUCCUCUCCGUGUACUUCAUUAUUACUCUGUCUGAUCUGGAGUGUGACUACAUCAACGCUCGAGCUUGCUGCUCAAAGUUGAACAAAUGGGUUAUACCUGAGAUGAUCGGUCAGGCUCUGGCCACUGUGUUAAUGCUGGUGUCCAUGCACUGGUUUGUGUUCCUGCUCAACCUUCCUGUUUCAUCAUGGAAUGUGUACAGAUACAUGAAGGUUCCGAUGGGGAACAUGGGGGUGUACGAUCCGACAGAGAUUCAUAACAGGGGUCAGCUCAAGUCCCAUAUGAAGGAAGCCAUGAUCAAACUGGGCUUCCACCUUCUCUGCUUCUUCAUCUACCUGUACAGCAUGAUCCUGGCACUGAUCAACGAUUGACCGCAGCAGUCUUCAAGAACAAACUGCCAAAUUAUAAACUGGCCUUUAUGCUUUGUGAAACAAAAUUCAUCCACCCCAAACAGAAGAUGUGCCCCAGCUCUCCUCAAGACAUCACUAUUCCUCUACAGAAAAACACAACCACAAAACCCUGGAUGAAAUGUGAGACAGCGCACAGUACAUCUGUAUGUUUUAUUUGUGUCGGACUGAGUGAUCUUGAACUGCUUCUCAGAGCAGAAGCUUCAAGACAAUGGCACUGACUCAUCUGACCGUCUGUUUGGCAAGUUUAAAAAUGCAAACAUUGCAGACACAGGUGACUCACCAAAACAUGUCCCAUUUCACCCUGAAAUCAAAGUAAAAAAAUAAGAGAUUAUAUUUGAAUAGAGAAAAUGAAGCCUGUUUUAGCACCAUUAAGACUUUUUGCACUGUGACAUUAUUUUAUGACUUUUUAUUUUAUUACAUCAGCAUUAAUUAAAAGCAGUACAGCAGAUACUAUUUUAAUGCAUCAUUUUUUUAUGAUCAAAAUAACAUUGUAAAAUAGGCUUUAUUUUCUUUAAGCAAAAUAUAGUGAUUUUCCAAAAAAUUGUCUUGAUCUUGACAUGCGUCCACCUGCAUGUGUUUUUGAAAUGUCAAUCGUUGAAAUCGUUUGUGUAUGUUUAAUUGUUUGCGGUUAAAUGGAGUGUCAUCCAAAGGACAACUAGAAUAACCAUUUAAGAUGGUAAUCUCAUAAUCUCAUGUGUUAUUACAGCCAUCUCUGGUUCAGAGCUUUCACACCUCUGAGGCUUUAACAUUCAACUUACUAGUUAUGUGACAUUUCAAUGGCAUGUCAAACAUACAUCAUUACUUUUGCACGUCCUAAUUGUCAUUUUAAAGAACAUGUCAGAUUUAUAUCAGAUCAAUCAACCUGAUAUUUGUUUAUUUUGAAGUGAAUUUUCAUCCGUAUAUCUUGAAUCUGACGAAAUCUGUCAAGAACAUGUCUGGAUCAUAAUUCGCCCCAAAAUCAAAAGGAAGAAAUAAGGAAUUGUAUUUUACGUUAAGAAGAUGGAUUCUAUUCUAAGACCAUUACGAUUUUUUUAAAUUGGCAUUAUUUUCAUGACAAUUGCGCAAAUUUUCCCCCAAAUGUGUCCAAACAUUUUCAUGAGAUACUCAUUAUUUUACUGUAAUACAAUUCUCGUUUACAACAUGUACACUAUUUUUACAUCAUGGUAGUACUUGCUGUACUGCGUUUAUGGUGAUUUAAAUGUAAAAGAAAAUCACUACUAAUGAGAAUCGUCAUUGGAAAUAAUGGGAAUUUCAAAUCAACCCAAAAGUAAAAUGUAAAAGGUCAUUUAUGUGAAUUUGUUACAUUACAAAAAAUCAGAAUGGUCCUAAAAUAGGCUUGAGUUUCUUUCCAUUUAUUGUGUAAAAAUGGCAGGUUGUAUGAAUUCUGGGUAACCAGACAUGGGUGUGUGAUUACAGGUUGUAUAUUAACUUCUCUUGGUUGUCAAACGACACUACACAGCUCUAGUGAUGGGUCCAGCCAAACAGUGCGUCACAUGUUCUUAAUUCACUUUUAUUGAGCAGUAUUGUCCUGGAUUGGGACUGAUGUGUACAUUAUGCUGCCUUUGAAAUGUUCAAUGGCAGAUUUGAAUAGGUGCUGCGGUUAUGUGUGUGUCUCAUCAUUAAAUAUCUGAGAAAGGGUUUGGUUUUUAAAAAUGUAAGAUUACCGUCAUCCAUCACGUUUUGUUGUUUUUUUCUUUUUUUGCUGUUUGUGGGUUUUCUUAAAUAAAAGAUGAACAUAAACAAGAAGUUCUCACCAUUCAUAGAUAUAAUUGAAAUCUGAUGCUUUGAAAUCUAGUUAUUGUUUAUAAUCAUUGUAUAAUGUUAAAACCAGACCUACUAUGAGCUCAGUGGCGGUUGGUGGUGUUAAUCAAAUGUGGGAAAACACUGACAACUGGUUUUAAUCUACAGUGUUUUUUUCCCAAAAGCUCCUCAAACUGCUACUCAAACAGUGACAUUUCUAAAUGAAAAAUAAAUAACACCCUGUCUACA